UUAUUCAUCUUAUAUUAAAUGGAGUCAUCACCAAAGUUUCAACUAGAUAUCUUUUCAUUACAGGAAAAAAAGCACGCUAUGAGUUCUCUACUUCUCAGCCGUCUCUCUAGGCUCUGUAUGAGGAAACCUCCUGCGCUAAGAGUUAAAAAAUACCUAUCUGGCGCUAGAUACUUGUCAGAAACCUCUAUUUGUCGCAUCGUACGCGCUGAACAUUGUCAAUAUAGUUCGAGGGAUGAGAGUGUGAGCAAACUUGUGAUUCGCAAUGUUAAUGCUUGGGAAGAGAAGGAUGACGAAGUUUUGGAAAAGUUGGUGCCCACGGAGUUGAUGACAGCAGCAGGAACGAUAGGAGCAUCCCAUGGCUGGGUAGCUACUUUGAAAGAGACCGUAGUGUGUCUUCAAGACGAUCUAAACCCGAGAGCGUCUGAUUCAGAUCCGAAGCGAAUCUCACUGCCUCGUCUCGAAACGCUACCUCAUUGCCAAACCCAACUGGUAACCAACGUUGCCAUGUCGUCCUCUUCUCCUGAUGACGAAGACUGCAUCUUGGCAGUCAAGUUCGUUGGACCUCAACUCAGCCUAUGUAGGCCUGCUGAAAAGAAUAAAAAGUGGGUCAACAUCAGAAUCGAAGACCCAGGCUUCUUCAACUCCCGAGUUAUGUACUCAAAGAGAGAUAAGAUGUUCUCCAUGCUGGAUUGUGGAGGCACACACAUAGGAUACUGGGAUCUUGAAAAACACAGAUCACGUAACUUGGGGUCUUGUUCCUACUACUAUAAAGAGUUUGUGCAGUCGGAGUUGCAGCAGUUGUCUAAGUGUUACAGGAGCGAACACUUGGUGGAGGCACCCACAGGUGAAACUUUUAUUGUUAAGUGGUACUCAGAUAGGAGCGAGCGCAAUUUUGGGAUUCCGUGUUGGCAGCGUUUCAUGGUGUUCAAGAUACAAUAUGAUAAAAUUUGCACAGCCGUAUCCACUAACGACAUCGGAGAUCUCUGUAUUUUCCUCUCCACCAAAGGCGAACCUUUCUCUGUAAAGGCUAGCUUGUAUGGCCUAAACCCAAACUGCAUCUAUUACGUGCGCGACUUUGACUUCGGAAAAGUCAGUAUCCACGAUAAUGUCUGGAUCGGUGGACUUGGCUUUUCCCCUGUCCCUUACUUCAUUCCACCUCAAUCCUCUUAAUUGUGUUUCUUUACUUUUCGCAUUUAGAUUACUAUGGAAACUCACUCGCACUUCUAUUGUAUAGUCUGAUUUUCCUUUCAAAUGUUAUUUGGAGUUUGAGCA